AUGGCCCAACACCACAAAUCCAUCCAACAACUCGCCCUCCAAAUUCUACUAGCUGACAGACUCGUCAAAUCCGUUAAAGACCUUCAACCUUCAAAGCUCGACUGUUCCGACCUCGCUACACUCGCCGCCCAACUCGCCCACCUCCUCCGUUCCACCGCUCGACUCGUUACCUCCUCCUCCACCACAUUUUACGACCGCCCUCUCCGCUCCAUCUUCUCCAAUCUCUCCUUGAAUCUUGAACGAGCCCAGACGCUUGUUCGCAAGUGUAAGCAACGAAGCGGCAUCCUCCGUCAGGUCUUUGCUAUCACCACCUCUGCGGAUGUCCGGAAAGUGUCGAGUCUUCUGGAGUCUUCCAUCGCCGAUAUCAAAUGGCUCCUUUCCGUUUUUGUUCCGGAUGACAACGCCGGUGUAAACCCUUCCCUCCCUCCCAUUGCCAGCAACGACCCUGUACUCGCCUGGGUUUGGUCCAACAUUGCCACCGUCCACCAUUCCACGCAACUCAAAGUCCGAGUCGACGCUGCAAAUUCCCUCGGAUCAUUAGCCGGUGACAACGACCGGAACAAGAAGAUGAUCAUUGAAGAAGACGGAAUUCCGCCGCUUCUUAAACUACUAAAAGAAGGAGCGUCACCGGAGUCCCAAAUUGCCGCCGCUGCCACGCUCCACGCUUUAGCAACCGAUGGAGAAAAAAUCUCCGCUUUUGUUCGAUCCAUGGCUAUUCCCACCAUUGUUCAAGUCCUUAACGAUUCCACAUCCGUAGUUGUCCGAACAAAUGUGAUCAAUCUGUUGUCAAAAAUGGCAGAAAUUGAUCCAUGUGUACAGGAGGAAUUCGGAAGGGAGAACGUGACGAGACCAAUCGUCACAUUCUUAGCAAACGACGUCGUUCUGGAUGACAUAAUUACCACUUCUGGGUACCAAUACCAUUUCAGUUCUUCCUUAUCUUUCAACUAUAAGAAAGAAACCGACGUCGCUUCACCCGAAGAAAAACUCGAUCUCAAGAUAAGUUGUGCGAGGGCAUUAUGGACAUUAUCAAAAGGGAGUUUAUCGAACACUAAGAAGAUCACCGAAACAAAAGCAUUAAUUUGUUUAGCAAAACUCAUCCAACACGAAAACCCACAACUACAGAUAAAUUGCUUAAUGACAGUCACCGAGUUGACUGCAGUCGCCGAGUCAAACGCCGAGUUAAGACGUCAAGUGUUCAAACCCAAUUUGCCAGCUGCAAGAACCCUAUUGGACCAGCUUCUACGAGUCCUGAACCACGAACCCAACCCGGACCUGGUGGUUCCAGCCAUAACGACAAUUGGUUCACUGGCUCGAACCUUUCCUGCUAAAGAGACUCGAAUACUUGGACCUCUAGUUUCAAAGCUAGACCACGAAGUGAGUGACGUCACUAACGAAACCGUGAUGACAUUGACGAAAUUCGUUUGCCCUGACAACUUCAACUGUGUGGAACACUCGAAGGCGAUUUUGGAGUUCAAUGGGGUUCCUCGUAUAAUGGGCUUCUUGAAAAGUAGCGAUGAUAUCAAGAUUCAAGUUCUUGGGCUUAAACUCUUGUGUUAUCUUGCAUUACAUGUGGGUAAUAAUAACGUUCUUGAAGAAGCUAGAGUGUUGAGUGUCAUUGAAGGUGGUGCUCGAUCUGUUUUGACUCAGUAUCCCGACAUGAGAGAGCUUUUCGCGAAAGCAAUGCAUCAUCUGAAUUUGUAUCAACCGGGUGUUCGUACACAUAAGCCGGCUUAUGUACCAUGA